AACUCCUUCGGGAAAGAAGGACUUCUCUGCCGAGGUAAGGCAGGAGCUGAGGAGGGUUUUGCCAACGUGCAGCUGGGGAAAGGAGCAGCAGGAAAAAUCAGACCCUCCGAGGUACCUGAAAUCCUGCCCGGUGUGAGGGGAGACGAGGAUGCAAAAGCCACGAGGUUCUGCACCCUGACAACUGCUGCUCAUCCUCAGAGAAAAGGGAAAGCUCCCUCAGCUAAAGAGGGAGACAAACCACACUUGGGGAAACUCUCCCUGUUCCCGGAGGAGCUGGGGACGCCCUCGGAUUCUUUGUUUCUCCUCGUUUUAAGUUUAAUGGUGUGAGAAGUCUCUCUUCCCCCGACAAGGCUGUGAUGCUUCCAGCCCCUCCAGAGGAGCACUGGCUGUAGCACCCUUGGAUUACAGUUCCCCAGCAUCCUGGAAGGGAAGGAUGAGGACUUGUCACUGAGGAAAGGGGGAAGGAUCAGCCCAGAGGGAACGGAUGGAACGCAUCCAAACCUGCUCUGAACCCAACACGAGGCUUCAAAUGACAGCAAGUGAACCCUCCUGGUGAAGAGGAACAACCAGAGCCCCCCUGAUGAGUUCGUGUUGUCAGCUCUGGCCUGAGCAACUGUUGCCCAGAGCAGUUUGACUUCUCAUAGCUGAGUGCAUUUAAAACAAGUCUGAAGACUUAUUUGAGGGGGGUAGAGGAGAGAGCAACCCUUCAAGGUGGGUGGCAGGACUUUUCAGGGCCUCUUGUAUUUAUGUAAAGCUCCCAGAGGCUGAAUGGACUUACCUCCUUCUCCGAGUGAAUCCAGAUUUUAAACAAGUUGAUCUGUACCAUUUCCAUGUGUCCUGCUUGAGCAGAGACCUCUCAGCAACCAGCACAUCCAUCUCGCUGCCUAUCUGACAUUGCACAGCCCAGAGGAUCUUCUUUAGCACUUCUGACCCUGCUACUUUUUAUUUUUGGAGAGAGGACUCUGUUCCUUUAUUGGUGGUGAAGGUUUUUUUUUUUUUUUUUGUGCUUGGACUUGGCCCCUCCCUCCCUUUCCAAAAUGAAGGGGUGCACCUGGGUGUUUGUGGCAACUUUACUGUGUCAGCAGUUUUGCCUCUUCAGGGUUUCAGCAGCAAAGAGAGAGAGGAAGGUGAAGAAAGAACCUAAUCAGUACACAGAGCCCUUCAACACCACCCUGUCCAACAGUGAGGAGCUGCACGGGCAUCCCAAGGUCCUGGAGUCUGCAGACCCCCGGAUCACAGACCCCCGGCGCACCUGGAUCUCCUUCGUGCACCGCCCGGACGACGGGAACGCCUCCAAGAGGAGAUGCAAAGGGAAGGACAAGAAACUGCGUGGCCUCGUUGGGCCCCCGGGACCUCCUGGGCCUCAGGGACCUCCGGGAGCCCCUGGAGCUGAAGUGACCCGGGAAGUCCUUCUGCAGGAGUUUAAGGAGAUCUUAAAAGAAGCCAUCGACCGUCGAGCAGCCCUGGCUGUCUCAGCCCAUCCCAGCCAGCUGCCUCCACUCCUGCUCUCCCUGGAGGAGGUUUCACCCCACAGGCGUGUGGAGGAGGCUUUCCACUGCAAACUGAAGGGACAGGUCACCGUGGAUAAGAAGACCCUGGUGGAGCUUCAGAAUUUCCAGUCGCCUCUGGCCAAAGGAGCUUUCCUGCGAGGGACGGGGCUGAACUUGGCCACGGGACGGUUCACGGCGCCCGUCUCGGGCAUCUACCAGUUCUCAGCCAACAUCCACGUGGACCACAGUGAGCUGAAGAGCAAAGUGCAGCUCCGAGCCAGGGACAACGUCCGGGUGUUGAUCUGCAUCGAGUCCCUGUGCCACAGAUACACGUCUUUGGAAGUCAUUGCUGGGCUGGAAAGCAACAGCAAGAUCUUCACUAUCUACGUCCACGGGUUACUGCAGCUGCAGGCUGGGCAAUACACCUCCAUCUUCGUGGACAACAGCGCCGGAGCUCCCGUCACCAUCCAGAACGGAUCCGACUUCAUGGGAAUGUUGAUGGGAGCGUAGCAGGGAAGGGAAGGAUGGGAACCACAUCCUGGGAAGGGAAGGAUGGGAACCACAUCCCUGCAGUGUAGAUUGGACUGAGGAAAACCCUGCUCUGACCUCAAAAACUGCUCCCUGGGACCGUGGCAUCCUUCCAAACAAGCCAAGAGCCCUUUUCCCCUUCACAGCCCCCCUUGGCUUUGCUUUCAGAGGCUGCUGCUUCUCCAGGUCCACACCGGGUCAUUUGUCACCCAAAAACGUGCUUUUGUGCCUCUGA